CUCCACUAAGGACGCUAUCCAAAGAUGGCUGCUCCUGUAACAGUGAAGGAGAAAAGUCCAUUAGUAUUUGACAGAACAAAAUAACUUUGAAAGGCUACUGAUAGCUUCUUAAAGGGAACAUAAGGUGUUGUGCUUCCUGUUGCACUGGAGGAGUACUGAAGGAGGGGUUGCCAAGUGGGAAAUCGCACCACCUGCCUUUGCCUGCUUUUUUUCCCUCCCUGCGUAUGCUGCUUGAUGUGUUGCUUCCAACAGCAGUGACCUGAAAGGGAUCCAAAAGAAAAGCCUCCAGUGUGGAGGAUCCACAUCUGGACGUUCUGUUGUGGCACUGAAAGUCUCUUGGCAGGUGUCGAUGACGGCUUGAGAAGCAGAGCAUGUGGAGUGGUCGGGGCUGGCAUGGCGACGCAGGAAAAGAAGCAGCAGGAGGCAGAUGGUGUGACUCGUGGCCUUUCAACCAGUCAGGCACUGGUGAAGCUCCGGGACCAGCUCAGCAGCCUGCUGGAGCAGCAUCAGAGAGCUACACGCAGACGGGUUUCUUGGCUGGAGCAAUGGUUAAAUAGCUUUCUUUACCAUGGCAACCGGCAAUCCUGUCUCCACUGGCCUGGGGGGGCCCUUACACUGCUUGUGGUUUUGGGACUCCUCUGCUGCCAUGGCAGCCAACCGAUGGGCAGUUCUGGUAUAGAGAUAGUGAAUGCUGCAGCUCUGCUCCUCCUCUUUCUGUUGAAUCUGCUUCUGGUUGGCCGUCAGGAGAGGUUAAAGAAAACAGAGAUGGUCCGGCGCCUCAAACGUAUCAUCACACAGCUCAGUGAUUAUCUGUCUGGGUGUGUGGAUGAUAUUCGGUGGCCUUCUUCUUUUUACCCUGACCUGUACACCCCCACGUCUCCAUCAUGGUCUCUUCACUGGACCUACCGGGACUCUCAGCUGGUUAACCUGCCUGUCAGUUUGCUGGUGGAAGGAGACAUCAUUGCUCUGCGACCUGGCCAGGAGGCGUUUGCAUCUCUCAGGGGCAUCAAGGAUGAUGAGCACAUAGUGUUGGAACCAGGAGAUUUAUUCCCUCCAUUUUCUCCUCCCCCUUCGCCGCGGGAUGAGAAGAGGGAACCCCAGAGCCCCCAGCAACAUCGCCUCUUCAGAGUGGUUCGGACCCCAGUGCUGGAGCUGGUCAGGAACAGUUUGGAGCUGGCUCUGGCGCGGCCAAUCACAGUGCUGGAUAAUGAGAGGUUUACUGUUCAGUCCAUCAUCACGAAGCUCGUCUGUCCUGUUGUGCUGGUGGCAUUCCUGCUGGUGAACACUGUUCGCUUUUUCUGUAAUGCUCCCAGCCUCACUCCUAUCAGCUACAAUUUCCUUCAACUUCAGCUUAUGGCUGUUCUGCCCAUCCUGCCCCUGCUCUUCCCUGUCAUGUGGGUGCUGAUAAAUGCCUUUGGAGAGGCCAGGGUCCUUUCUGAAUUCAGUCGCUCAUCACCAGUUGGCUUGCUUGCUAAGUUCUCUGAGGACACUCUAAGCAGCUACACCGAAGCGGUUUCCUCGCAGGAGAUGCUGCGCUGCGUGUGGAGACACAUGGUUGGCGUCUUGAAGGGAGAAUCUGAGACACUGUGCUACACAUCCAGCCUUCUACACACUCUGGGUUCUGUCACUGUGCUGUGCUGUGUGGAUAAGCAGGGGAUCCUGUCCUGGCCAAACCCAAGUCCAGAGACGGUACUGUUCUUCAGUGGGAGGGUGGAACCUCCUCACAACAGCCAGGACGACCUUCGAGAUGACCUGUCUGUGAAUUCCUACUGCCGGAUGGAGACUGAAGAUGAGAGGGAUGAGCCUCAGGAAGCAGAGACUCUACUCUUUGCAUCAGGGGAGCCAACCAUUCCGCUGGGGGAAGCAGCUGAGCCCAGUGAGACGUCACAUGACUUGGCUCGCUCGUCUGAAACGGUUAAACUUCGGCGUCUUUGUGAACCCGCACAUUCUCGGACCAAACACCACUCUGGAUCAAACGUCAGCUUCAGCCACGACACAGAGGGAGGAGAGGAUGACCAGGAAUAUGCCCUGGGCUGCCCAGAAGCGGAGGCAGAAGACUUUGUGUGCGACUACCACCUGGAGAUGCUGAGUCUGUCACAAGACCAGCAGAACCCAACCAGCAUCCAGUUCGACGACCUCUCCUGGCAGUGCCACCUGCCCUCUCUCAAGCCGCUGGGCCUCAACAUCAUGCUUAACCUGUGCAACGCCGGGGUCACCCAGCAGCUGUGCCGCUUCUCUGACCAUCUGUCUAACCUAGCUCUACAGGAGAGUAACGGCUCAGUGCUGCCCGUCUACGUGCCCUGGGGCCUCUGUGAGCUCUCCAGGCUCAUAGGAUUUACUCCUGGUGCCAGGGAGCUGUUUAAACAGGAGAACCACUUGACUCUCUACCAGCUGCCAUCAAGAGAGAAGACCAAGGAGUUCACCUCUCGCCGCCUUCCCUACUUCACUAAGCGCCAGCCCCCCAUCUCCCACCUCAUGUCACUGUGUGUACGAGACUCGUCCUCCAACAGUGUCCAGAUGCUGUCACAUGGUUCAGCUGACCUUAUCCUAGAGGCCUGCACAGACUUCUGGGAUGGAACUGAUAUCUACCCCCUUUCAGGCUCGGACAGGAAAAAGGUUCUAGACUUCUAUCAGCGGGGCUGCCUGUCAGGCUACUGCUCUGCAUUUUCCUACAAACCCAUGCAGGUGUCACUCUCCAGCCAGCUGAAUGGAAAGUGCAUAGAACUGGCCUCAGGUCCCUGCCUCUUCUCUGGCGUUGAGCUGCCCUCCACCACCCCCAUCAAACACAACCUGUGCAGGAACAGCUGGAGCUCAGACGAGGGGAUAGGUGAGGGAGUGGAGCGCGAGGACUGUGUUCAAGCCUUGAGCGGGCAGAUCUUUAUGGGAAUGGUAUCGUCUCAGUUCCAGGCAAAGCUUGACACGGUCCGUCUCAUCGAUGCCCUGGUCACUGCUUGCAUUCGCUUUGUUUAUUUUUCCAUGGAGGAUGAGCUCCGCAGCAAGGUUUUUGCAGAGAAGAUGGGUUUAGAGACGGGCUGGAACUGUCACAUUUCUCUGACUCCAAAUGGAGAUGGUCCCUGUGAGGCAGCUCCAUCUAGCCCCAGCCAUGGCUCGCUGCACGAAGACCCCCACCAGGAUUCCCGAGACGAAGCAGAGGGUCCUCUGCUGCAGGAGGAGGAGGCUCAGUCCGCCAGUUUUCAGCCCAUCGACAGUGACGUGCCAAGUUUCCUGGAGGACUGUAACAGAGCUAAGCUGCCCCGUGGGAUCCACCAGGUCCGUCCUCAUUUAAAGAACAUUGAUAAUGUGCCUCUUUUAGUGCCGCUCUUCACCGACUGCACUCCUGACACCAUGUGUGAGAUGAUGAAGAUCAUGCAGGAGAACAGGGAAGUGACCUGUUGUCUGGGAAGCUCUGCCAAUUUCCGCAAUAGCCGCCUGUUCCUGCAAAGUGAUCUCAGUAUUGGGCUGGACCCUCUGUAUCCAUCUCAGUGUUCAUGGGAGACCUUUGGCUACGCCACAGGAGGAGGCUUCAAUGGAGACGCUGAAGGACUUUCUCCUUUGAGACUGUCAGGACAACUGAACAGCCUGGGCUGCUCGGUCUCCUUCCACCAGGGAAACAGCGUUAGCUUGAUCAAACUCAUAGAGCAGGCACGACACACAACGUCUGGUAUCCGCAAGUGCUUUCUGUUCCUGCUGCAGUGCCAACUCAGUCUGGUUAUUCUUCAGUUCUUGGCCUGUCUUGCUCAGCUUCCUCCCCCCAUGAAUACCACUGACAUCCUCUGGAUGUCCUGCUUCAGCUGCCCUCUGCUUAGUGUGUCUCUCCUGGGGAAGCCUCCGGACAAUUCAGUUAUGACAGUUGCCACAGGGAAGAACCUGGAUUCAAUCCCAAAGAAGACUCAGAACUACUUCCUGGGAUGCUUCCUUUUGAAAUUUGGCCUCACCGUGUGCGCAUACCUUUUGGUAUUUGGCUUCACCUUGCAGUCUGUGUGCCCCGCUGGCACCAACAUGACCCUGAAUAACAACACCAUAAUCAACUGCAGCUCCAUAUUCACACCCAGCUCGUCAGAAGAGGCUCUUGGUUGGUUCCAGGAGCUAUCCAAUGGCCUGUUGCUGACCCAGAAGCUCAUGGCUGGCUUUCUUGUGCUAAACACAGUGGUAAUCUCCCUCAGUUAUGUCCACCGCUCGCAGCCUCUGUGGAGGAGGAGUCCCUUCAACAACACUUGGUGGUGCCUCACUGUGCCUGUUGUAUUGCUGGGCCAGGGUGUCCAGGCUACGGUGGAUUACCAGUUGUGGCGUGACCAGAACAGCGGUCUGGACUUCAGUCUGGCCAACAUACCGCUGGAGGUCUGGCUCCUUGCUUCUUUGUCCCCGUUGCUGAUAGUGUUGGUCAACGAGGUGGUAAAACUACAUGAGAUACGGGCACGAGUGCGCUACCAGAAGAGACAGAAGCUGCAGUUUGAAACAAAACUUGGGAUGAACUCUCCUUUCUAAUCCCCACCCUCAGAGGAGGGUGGUGUUCUGGCAUUUUUGGACACCCGUUGGUUCCCUCCAGAAACCAGGAGAAUGGACCUUCUGCUGAUUACCACUUCCACCCAGCUGCACCACAGGAGGGGAGCGGAUGUCAAGUUGGAGGCUUUUCAUGUAUGGUAAAGCGUCAUGACUUGCAGUUGGUCAAUUUUACAAAGGACAAUAGAGAGGAAGACUCCAGAGUCUUCAUCUCCAAGCCAAAAGGGCAAACCUCUGUUGUCUCAGUGUGGUUAUAGAGGCAUGAGGAACGUGGUCUGAACAGGGUUCCUGAUUAUUCCCACACAUUAAUCUCUGUUCUCCAUGACCAGGAUACAUGUGCAUGUUCUUCAGGAAUGCGCCACGUCCCUUAGAGUACUCCAGCUGCGUCACCUACAAACGAUUGUUAGAUAACAUUCAUUUUCUUGUGACACACUCAUCACUGUGUAUAAUAGUUUCUCAUCCCACCAAAUCAGCCUUCGCAUUUUAUAAAAAUCUUUUGCUUUAAUUAAAACGCAGGGCUAUAAAAGACAUGGCUGCCUGAAACUGUGGAGCCCCAAUGUGUGCUUGAAUGUCAAAGCAGCCACCUAAAAUAAGCUACGGACAAAAGUUCCAGUUUGAGAGAUUGUAGGAGACUAUUAGUGUAUGAGUAAAUUCUGAACUAUUUCUUAAUAAUUUUAAACAAUUUUUAUUAUGUCCUGCCUGAGUUUUUUAGUUCACUCCCCAGCCAAUCACUGGCUUCCCUUGAUGUCACCGGCUUUGAACGGUGCUUGUCAUUAUCCGAGGUGAGACCAGCAUGCACCAGCGCUGUUCAGUCAUAGAAUGGCAUAAAGCCCGGUUACUGGUUCCCUGUGGGAUAGAGGCGUGGUUACUACUGCUGUGUUUUUAACAAACCUUUGCUAAAACAACCACUUUCAAUGAAAAUAAAAUGCUGGAGAUGGUAGCGUUUGUCUGAGUUUGUCCGUCUGCAGCAUGUCUCAGCCUGUUUGGUACAUUCACUCCCUGCACUGACAAAUGACUGAGAUGCUACACAGGAGGUCUGAUAAGCUUUAGUGUCCGCUGUCACUUUCAUUAUUAGUUAUUCAUUAAACAUAACAGAACUACUAACCAUAAUGAGGGUCAUAGAGGGUUUUUUCAUUCAUUAUAUUGGACCAGUGGUAAGACAGUGUGUUAAAUUGAUAUUUCUACUGAGAGUAGGCAGGUGAGCAACGGUGGCGCAUGAGUUAGGGAGUUCGACCUGCGUCCUUACUACUUCAUCUGUUGGAUAUUAAAGCACACUCAUCUGUCACCAUUUCAUUGGGACUUUCUGCUUGAAUAAAACGGUUGGAUUUGUCAAAUCCACCGAUACAAAAUGGAGAGAAAAAGGUGAAAAAACCGAGAGGAGCAAUGCCUCUGUCCGCUCAGCUCUGGGGGGAGAAUAAAGGAAUGUUGAGAGGUUCUUCAGGAAUGCCCCACGUCCCUUAGAGUACUACAGCUGCAUCACCUACAAACGAUUGUUAGAUAACAUUAAUUUUCUUGUGACACACUCAUCACUGUGUAUAAUAGUUUCUGUCACCAUUUCAUUGGGACUUCCUGCUUGUAUAAAACGGUUGGAUUUGUCAAAUCCACCGACACAAAAUGGAGAGAAAAAGAAUUGGUCCCUGGAAAACAGUGCCAAGAGGCAGAGUUUCAAGCACAGAUCAAUAGCCCUUUUCUCUGUGCGUCUCUUGGUGUUUUUAUGCAUCAGCCUGGAAAGUGAGAAGUGCUCUGUGCAGCGAUCAAAAGCCAGAGAGGAGUGAACUUCAUAUAGGCUACUGGCAUCAUCACGUACAAUACAGAGAAUACUUUCUCAUCUCUUUUAUCUUGUCUAGAGUGUGUGUUUAUGUAUAUAUUAUUCUGUGACUAUUUCCAAUUCUAUAAUGUUAUUGAGAGCAUUUCUGUAAAUAAUAUAAAAUUUCCUCUGUAUUUUAUUCUUUGUACAUUUCUCCAGUUUUUAUUCAUGAUUAUUCAAUAUUUUUCCUAUUAUCUAUAAAUCCUCAAUAAAAUUACAUUACUAGAGCCACGCCUUUAACCUGUUUGGCCACUGGAACUUAAUAAUUUCCCUCUAUGGAGGUGAUAAAGUUGAUCAUAUCUACAUAUUAAUAACGGUCUGAUUGUUAAAAAAGUUUAUGGCCGCAUUUCCUCCAAUGUUUAGGUGGUGGAUCAGCCAAUCAGCUCUCUCUGUUUCCACCAUCUUCCCUGAUUAAGACACUCUUAGGCUCGCUAAAAGUCCUCCUCGCUAACCCUAACCUUUUUUCCCUUUGGGAGCUCUCUUAAGGCCUAAGGUCCUCUGUGAGUAACUUAUCUUGCCUAGGUAAAGUUUAAGGGAUUGCGCAGAGAAAGGAAGAUAAAGGUGGAAGAAUACACACAGUUGAUGAUUUGAAACUCACAGAACAAGGAAUUGGGCCAAUAUCCAACUUGUAUAUAGCCCCUGAUUGCAAGUUGGAAAACCAGCUGAAUUUGCCACACAUUUAGCUCAGUAACAGGCUGGCUGCUAUUAGUAAUGUAGUUCUGAGCCGUUUCUUCCUUAAAAGAGCAUGUUACCAUGCAGAUAAAUGCAUCCUAACAAAGAGGCCACUGGUGCGACUUGAGAGAAGUGCAGGCAAACCGCUUAGUACUACAGCUAUUACUAUCGUCUAAAUAUGUGGCAGCCGUAUUGGAAUUUGAGUUUUGGUUGGUGUGAAGAUGUCUCGCACUUCAGGGGUUUAUUACGUUUCCAGUUCAGUUUUUCCAACUUUAGAGUCCAAUUCAAAUCUGAAAUGUCAUGAAUCCACGGUGUUCUUCAGCCAGGUGAGAGGAACGUUAUGAUGUCCAUCCUCUCUGUUGCAUAGAAGCUGAGGCGUGUUUGUUUUUAACAACCUCCUGCAGUAAUCGUUGAAUGUGCCGAAACACAUCCGUGGCAAUCUGUAAGAGGUUGAAGACACCCAAACGUUUCAUUGGAAGUAACAAGUAGACAUAAAACCCUGAUGUUCAUGUUUUUUGUUAGGUGUGUGAUCUAAUGUUACUCACAUUGGACUUCCAUAUGUAAAUGAAAUGUUGAGGCUGCGUGUCACUACCUCUAAAAACAAUGUGAUCCAGAAGCUUUUCUCUGCUGCGUUUCUGGAUCGUCCUGUAAGAAAUCAGUCUGCCUUUUUACUCCUGUCUUGUUUUUCUGACUUGGUUGUUCCUCAUUUCUAGAACUGAGCCUGGGUCUGACCUGCAAUACAGAAUGUGGAUCCAGAUAGAACUGCUGUAUGCAUAACUACGUUUUAGUCAAAUCUCCUACUGAACGAUGAGUUUACUGCUCACAUUGGGUGUUUGCGUUGGUGCGCCGAAUUACCAGAUUCCCCAGCCUUUCUACUUAGUGUAGUCCAAAUAUCAGCUGUCAGGAGCUCAAAAAACACAUUUAUUUUGAGGGAAGUCUAUUUUAUAUGGCAAAAAGUUUAUAUUUUAAUUGAAAUGUACUAAUCUAAAAAUGUUUGACCUCAGGGCUUUAAUUGGUUUCAGUGCAGUCUGCAAAUGUCUGUACUCUUAAUGAAAUCCGUUGAUCAAACCCGCCUUGUGGAAGUGGUGCUUUCGUUUUCUACAAUGGCUGCUGUUUAAUGCUGUAUUCUGUAAGGAAAAAGAAGAAUGGAGUUCAAAGUCAGUGCCUCCCUGGAAAAACUAAGCCCUAAAUGUUUUCACAAGAUAUGAAUCUGUGAAUGUCGGCCACAUCAUGGCCACAAUCAGCUACUAAAAGGCCUUGGCCAGCAGUUGAGUGAAGAUCGCUUCCAUACAGUCUUCAGAGCUAACAAAAAUGCUUUAAUGUCUUGUUUGUCCUGCAAUGGAGACGGUUUUUAAUGCAGAUAGUUGGCAGGAUUUGUUCCUCGGCUGUCACUUUGGUCGCACCCCCUGGUGGUUACUAACAAAAGGUAGGUCUCAGCUCUUGUUCUUGGUAAAGUUUUGGGGGGUGCGGAUUAAAGUUUAAAAGCCUUUGGAUGGCUUUUAAACUUUAAUCUUUAAAACAAAUGUCACAAAUCCCAAAUUUUAGCUGCUCACACAUGGCAGAUGCAUUGAUACAAAUGCAUAUUGUUAUGCAUAUUGUCAUUCAUUAUCCUGCAAAAAAGUUUGAGCUCUUAAAUAGUAUAAAUGUUUCACACCAUUUCUGUUUGACCUGAAGCCUGCUUGUUCUUGUGGAAACCACUGUUCUAAGAGCGACAUUUAAAAUCGGUCCUUGUUGUAACGUGCCACAGAGUUACUCUAUACUUGGAAUGUUGUCUUUGUAUGUCGAAAUCCUCUCAUGAAUACAUGUUGCAUGCUGUAUUUUUUUUAUUUUUGGUUUUGCAUUUUGGAAGCCACCGAUAAAAGUGAGCGUUAAAGAAAUAAGUCAGAGCUGAGAUGAUGAACCCUGAGGCCAAGCGGACACUAAGCUGUCUGGUGGUCAAACCAAUGCUGGGAUUGCUGUUGCAGACGCUGAGGUUUUCCUUUAACUCCAGACGUCGUUGUAAUCAGGGGCGAUGUAACCGCGGGCUUCAUGAAAGUCUUCCAGUCCUUUGUCUUUAAAAAGAAAACAUCUGGCUUAUAGUAAACUGGGUAUACAUUUUUGGUGGUUGGGAACUUUUGUCCAUUACUGAAAGUCAGCGAGAUUCUUUGUGACAAACGGAACAGCUGUUUUGGACUGCUGAAUGUUUUUAAAGCAAAAACUAAACACAAAAGUAAAUUACAUACUGUUAGAUAAUGGGAGAAAGCUGAAAUCUGGACCGGCUCUAUUGGCUGAUGGAUAAGCAUCACACAAGAUGCAUCACUGUAUAUGUUGUAGAUUUUAAAGUGUAUAUUCAAACAGAUUUGUUUGUGUUUUGAUCGUAUGGAAAUAAAUGGACUUUUUGUAAAACAA